AUGAAGAAUAUAGAUUUAGAUGAAAUUGAUAGAUUAAUAGAAGGAAGAGUUACAAAUAUAAAUUCAGCAUAUAAAUCUGAAGAGUUUAAAAAGUCAGUAGAGUCAUGGAAAGAACAAAGAAACUCUCUAAGAGAAUCUCUUUUAGAAUUUUGGCAAGAUAAUGAAGAAAAAAUAAAAUUUACAAAUUGGUGGAAAUCUUUAUCAAGACAAUAUAAACAAGAAAUUCUUACUUUUAAUUUCUCUCAAAUUCUAAUAUUUUUUAUUUUUAUUUUUAUUUUUAUUUUUAUUUUUAUUUUUAUUUUUAUUUUUAUUUUUAUUUUUUUUUUCAUUAUUGUAGCAAUGAUAUUAACAUCAAUUGACGAUUUAAAACAAUCAUUAGAUUUAUAUGAUAACUAUGCACCAAUUGCUAGUCCAGAAUUAUCAGAAGAAGAAUUAGAUUUUUUAUUAUUAAAUGAUAUCCCAAAGGAUAAUAAUGACCCAAUCGAGGAGGAUAGCUUUUUUAAACCACCACCAACACCAACUCUCAUUAAACUUAUAAAUAGUUUGGUAGAUUCAAAAGAAAAUGACCCAAAAAUAUUCAUUGGUCUUGAUAGAAUGAAAUUGUUUUUUAGUGAUUUGGAUGACCCUUCCAAUGUAGUUCAAUCAAUGUUGGUCGUUAGAUCUUGGAUAAUAAUGGGUUUUAUUGUAAAAAUCCUCGGUUUAUUUAAUUCAGAGUUGGAUCAACCAGAAGAAGAAUUUAAUUAA